AUGUGUUCACGUCCAGCUUUGCACCCAUGGACCAAAUCGGAGGCGAGACCGGAGUUUUACUCUCGAACACUAACCACGCCCGAGUUUGUUCUUGCCAUGCUCAAUGAGUAUGUCUUGGGCCAAAGCUGUCCAUCUCUAGGGGUCACUGUCUCAGUCGACCACUCUGUGCCUUCCACGCUCGAUAUCAAGACACUCAGUUCACGUCUUCGGCAGGCCUUCAUAGCUACGCGAUGGACCCAUCCGACAGUGGCGACGCAGGUCAAGGACAGUAAAGAACUAGUCUAUCGUGUCCACGACACAGAUGGCGUGGUCACCUGGGCCAAGCGCACGGUGCAGUAUGUAGAAGCACCAGGGGGCUGGCUCGCCAAGUACGAACAAUUGAGCCACGAGGCUGUAUUGCCCACGGCUAUGGGCGACUGCGCGCUUCUCUAUCUCGUUGUAAGCCCCGAGCAAGCCAGCAAGUCGCAGAUCUCAGAAUUCGACCUACUUCUUCACGUCCACCACUCUCUUGUGGAUGGUGCAGGCCUGAAGUCCAUCAUGGAUUAUAUCCUGACAGGGCUCGCCACCUCUGACCCGUCGAUCACUUUCUCCUGGGGCGAGGAGGUAGACAAGCUUCAGCCGGCGGCUCUAGAUGCUGCCCCUAUCUCCGACAAAUCAUUGAAGUCAUUGGCGCAGAUGCCAAAGGAGAUUGCCCUCCCGCCGCUAGUGAAGCCUGGCGAAGCGAGGCCAGGGACAGGCGUUGUGACUCAUACUGUUCCAAACGCCCAUAAUGGGAAGACCGACUUCCUCAGUCAUCUCAGGGCGCUGGCCAGGGCCAACAACGUUCGGCUGGCUGCCACCAUUCAAGCAGCACUGGUUAUCACUCUCUACGAAGAGGUCAAGCCCACCGAGGACAAGGUUGCCACCGUCAUCUCUGGGUUUGACCUACGGGCGAAAGAUCUGAACAAGCCGUGGGGCGAGCGCAACAGGUUUGUCGGUUUUGCGGUUGGUCUAUUGGAGAUUAUACGGACACCCGUAUCACUGCUCGAGGAUCUAGAGGGCGAAGAGCGUUUCUGGUCGGUCGCGCAGCAGAUUCAGAACGAAUGGAGUGCGGUUGCCGAGCGGCAGGAUGUGGCAGCAUUAGGCGAGCUUCGUCGACCAGCAACGGCGUUUGUUCUCCAGAUGGCUUUGGCCGGCGUCAACAAGUCAUCCUCCAAGUUGGAUAUGAGUGUCAACUAUGUGUCGGACCCGCCAGGAGGCAACCAUUUUAAUGGUGUCUACCAGGACAAGCAGAGCAGGUUCAAGCUCGACAGGUACCAACUCGUGACUGAUGAGAGCUCGCCCAGGCUGUCAUGUCGAUCGCACUCGUGGAACGGCGACCUUGUUUUGGGGAUCUCCUUCAGCUACAAACACCACACGAGAGACUCUGUUCAAGUGUUCUUGGACAAGUGGGCGCGCUUGCUCGAGUCGCUUGGGCAGAGUGACACGACUGGUAUUUCCGGAGAUGUCACCGAUCGCAGCAACUCGUGA